UUCACUUUGCAGGUGAUGUCUCUGUUUAGAAGGUACUAGGAAGAAACGGUGAAAGGUCUGAUUGCUGGGGACGGAUUGGAAAAUUUUGUGGGGAAACAUGUCUAAUGAGAUUGAUUUCAGAUCUGUGCGCCUUCUGAAGAAUGAUGGGAUGGGCUUCCCAAAAUACUCCUAUGUGAAUGAAGAUGAGGCUUGGAAGAGCUACCUUGAGAACCCCCUGACGGCAGCCACCAAGGCUAUGAUGAGGGUCAACGGAGAUGACGACAGUGUGGCCGCCCUGAGUCUCCUCUAUGACUAUUACAUGGUUCCUAAGGAAAAGAGGAUUCUUCCAUCAGGAACUACAGGACGCAAUGAAAUCGGGAAGAGGCACUGCCAUGGGAUGGAGUAUGAACCGGAGAUUUCGUCCUUUGAAAGUUCUGCUCACGUCAUGAAGCUUCUGGCCGAAAAUGUCUCCAUGAACCAGGAAUAUUCUGACCUGCCCAAGAAGAAUGGCUUGGGCUUGGACGGCAUUCCCCCUCCUCACAAGCCGCCCGCACUGCCCCCUGGCACGAGCAAGCUGGAGACCAGUCCAGACAACUACAUGAUAAAUUCGGGGGACAUCUAUGACAACAGUGCACUCAGUUCCAUCUUCGACACAAUCCACGUGGCCCUUCCGCAACAGAGGUGGCAGCCAGACAGCACCUACAAAGAGGACCCUCAGGAGUCUGUGAUCUUCAAUGAUAUUCUCAAAUCCCAGACGGAAGCACCAUGCUCAGAAGCUUACUCCACUGAAGAUACCAAGAGUGACUUUGAAUAUACACUGGGAUCCCCCAAAGCGAUUCACGUCAAAUCGGGUGACUCACCCAUGGCCUACCUCAACAAAGGACAGUUCUACCCAGUCACCCUAAGGACUAUUGGAGACACCAAAUGUUUACACUUGACUUCCAAUAAAGUGAAGAGUGUUGUGAUGGUCGUUUUUGACAAUGAAAAGAUCCCAGUGGAGCAGCUCAAGUUUUGGAAGCAUUGGCAUUCCCGCCAACCCACAGCUAAACAGAGAGUCAUUGAUGUCGCUGACUGUAAAGAGAAUUUCAAUACUGUGCAACAUAUCGAGGAAGUAGCUUACAACGCCUUGUCCUUUGUCUGGAACAUUCAUGAGGAAGCAAAGGUGUUUAUUGGGGUGAACUGCCUGAGCACAGAUUUCUCCUCCCAGAAAGGUGUGAAGGGUGUCCCUUUGAACCUCCAAAUAGACACUUAUGACUACAGCAGUGGGACAAACCGACUGGUCCAUCGAGCUGUUUGCCAGAUCAAAAUAUUCUGCGAUAAGGGAGCAGAGAGAAAAAUGCGGGACGAUGAACGCAAACAGUUCAGGAGGAAGGGGAAAUGCCUCGAUGCGAAUAAUAACGGUCUGAAAAGCUGCUUGGUUUCAGGCUUCCGAGGCAAUGAAAUCACGUACCUCAAGCCCCAGGCAGACUUGGAAACCCAGCCUGUCUUGUUCAUCCCAAAUGUCCAUUUUCCAAACCUCCAGAGAUGUGGAGCACAGGUGUUACCUACCACUGGUGUUCCACAUGACCCUACCAGGUUACCCUUGAAGCGGAGCUGCCCUUCGUUCACAGACGAAUUUGAUCCUUUAGCUUCAAAACAAGCAAAGGAAGAAGACCCUCAGCGAGUCUUGCUCUAUGUGCGGAGAGAAUCGGAGGAGGUUUUUGAUGCUCUCAUGCUGAAGACGCCAGAUCUGAAAGGUCUGAGGAAUGCUAUUUCAGAAAAAUAUGGCUUGCCUGAAGAGAGCAUCUACAAAGUGUACAAGAAAUGCAAACGAGGAAUCCUGGUGAAUAUGGAUAACAACAUCAUCCAGCACUACAGCAAUCACAUGGCCUUUUUACUUGACAUGGUGGAGGCUGAAGACAAAUUCCAAGUAACCCUCAAGGAGCUCUAAGGACUCAAAAGACUGUGUGGCUGCUGAAAUGUCACUUGCAAAGCUGAGGAGUUUGACAGCCAUCCGCCCCAGCAUGAACCAAGGACUCCGUGACUUGGACUUGAACCCAGUCCCACUGGGGGGAGGGGGAGAGAAACUCGGUUCGCAGGCCUCUGGUUGCCAAGGGGCCCUUCUUAUAUCAUCCAUGCUCAAUGUGAAUGUGGAACUUCUCUCUGAGUCGGUGCUGAUAUUUUAUACCUUGUUGUUAAUAAUAAUAAUUAUUAAUAUACACCUCUACCAGGCCAUGAAUUCUGACCUCUUUCACAGUCUCACACUCAGGAAAUCAACAUGUUCUUUUAGGUAGUUGUCGAGGCAGGUGUGGGAUACGAUGAUGGGGAAAAGACAAACCUGCCAGUUGUGCCAAAUCAUACUGGAUCCAGAGAGACUCUCACAACUGCCUUUGAACACUACCAAAGAGGUGGUGCGUGCACACAAACGCACACACAAUCUCACUGCCUUAUUCCUUGCCUUACCGACUGGAUGUAAAUAGCCCCAAGGGAAGUGCCUGGCUAUAGUGACUGUUUUAUACUUUUAGUAUUUUUUAUAGAUAUGUGUGUGUAUAUAUAUAUAUAUAUAUAUAGUGUGUAUGUCUUUGUAUAAUAUACUUUGUUUUAUAUUGAACAAGUGGAGGAAGGCAGAGCAUUUCAAAACCAGGCUGCUUCACAUUUCCCCAGUGAAUUUGUUUGAUCAUUUUUGUAACGUUUUGUUUUGUAUAUUCUAUGGAAAUAAAGACUCAGAGACAGAGAAAAAAUGUCUUUGAUGCAGUG